AUGGGAGAGCCAACGAGCCCAUCCAGCAUACCUGAAACCACUACACAAUGUACCAAUGGAAACCUAGCCGCGAAAAAGGUUGAGGGAGAUGCCCAGCUCGAGAGGGUAAAAGCCAACCAGCAAUCUACAGACCCCAAUAUUGUUGACUGGGACGGGCCUGAUGAUCCGGAGAACCCACUCAAUUGGUCAUCAACAAGGAGAAUUCUGAUCAUCAUAUUUGUGAGCUCUUAUACGUUUACCUCGAAUCUAGCCGCAACGAUAUUUGCCCCCGGGGUAAAGCAAAUGACACAUGAGUUCCACAUCACCAAUCCUACCGUCGAAUACAUGAUAAUAAGCAUUUACGUGCUUGGAUUUGCUCUAGGUCCGAUAAUAUUUGGGCCUCUCUCCGAAUUAUAUGGCCGCCUUGUCAUUUACUACACAUGUAUCCUGGUAUUCCUGGCCUUCACUGCAGGAUGCACAUUCAGUACCAAUGUGGAGAUGUUCCUUGCCUUUCGAUUUAUAUGCGGCUGUGCUGCCUCCGGUCCCAUGAGUAUAGGAGGUGGCACGUUAGCUGAUAUCAUCCCUCAGGAGGAGCGAGGAAGAGCUAUAAGCAUAUUCACUCUGGGGCCCAUGCUAGGCCCUGAUACUCCUACUGCAGCUAGGUUAGGUUUGAUUCUAAUAUAUUCACAGGCUGGUGUUAUUAGCAUCGGUACUUUCUUGUUUCUAAAGGAGACGUACGCACCAACCAUAUUGCAGAAAAAGGCUAAACGCCUGAGAAAAAAGACAGGAAACCCAAAUCUCAAACCGAAAGUCGUCAAAAAGGGGGCUCCUCAUCAAAUGAUCCUCCAGGCAAUUAUCCGUCCGAUGAAGUUGCUCAUUUUCUCACCUAUAGUUUUACUCCUUGCCCUAUAUGCAGGGCUAGUAUAUGGCUUCUUUUUCCUGCUGUUCGCUACUUUCCCAUCAGUAUUCCAGAAUACUUAUGGAUUUAGCAGUGGGACGUCUGGCCUUGCAUACCUAGGUCUAGGUAUUGGGAUGAUGAUAGGUUUGGCUGUAUUUUCCGUCGUGAGUGAUAGGGUGCUAGUUAAGAAACCGGGUGAGUCCAUGGCCAAACCAGAACAGCGUUUGAUUCCGAUGAAAUGGUUCGGCCUUGCAACCCCAAUUGGCUGUUUCAUAUAUGGCUGGGCCGCGCACUACCAUACACACUGGACGAUACCGAUAUUAGGGACAGUUAUCAUGGGGUUUUCAUCGCUGUUUAUAAUGACCCCAGCCCAGAUUUACUGUGUUGAUGCAUUCGGACCGCAGGCCGCCGCCUCCGCACUUGCUGCCAAUCUACUCAUCCGCUCGCCGUUCGGUGCCUUUCUCGACCUUGCUGCAGGACCACUAUAUGGAAAGCUAGGAUUGGGUUGGGGGAAUACAUCAACGGUAGAAUUCAGUAGAGGUCGGGAGACAGUAAAGGGUGGAGCUCUAGAAUAUACUCCUGUAUAUCUAUUCGAUUCGCCACCUUUAGGCAUGAUCAUGACAUCAAUCAUCGAGAAUAAAGUACAAAAAUUCAUUGAAUUCAAUGGCUAA